CUAAAUGACCAAAGGAUGUUCAGAUCUGCAGCCUGAGCUCCAGAGACAGUUUCAGAAAACAAGCGGAAAAACUUCCAGUCUGACUUCAAGAAGCUUCUCCUCUUCAGCCACUAUGCCCGAACGAGUUCACAGUUUCCAGGGUCAAAGCUUUCACAAGCUGAGGCGGGCCUGUCUGCGUCGAGGCGCGCUCUUCAAGGAUCCCCUGUUCCCCGCCAACGCUCAGUCCCUCUUCUACAAGAGGGAGCCUCCGCCGGGGCUGACGUGGAAGAGGCCGAGGGAGAUAUGUAAGGACCCCCGACUGUUUGUCGAUGGCAUCAGCACUCGUGACCUACACCAAGGCAGUCUGGGUAACUGCUGGAUGGUGGCUGCCAUUUCCUGCUUAGCAUCCGAGCCCUUCCUGUGGAAGAAGGUGAUCCCCGACCACGUGGACCAGGAGUGGAAUCCAAAGCACCCCGACCUGUACGCAGGAAUCUUCCAUUUCCGGUUCUGGAGACUCGGCCGUUGGAUGGACGUCGUUGUGGACGACCGUCUGCCGGUCAGCAGAGAUGGAGUCCUGCUCUUCUGCCGCUCGGCAACGCCACGAGAGUUUUGGAGCGCACUGCUGGAAAAGGCCUACGCCAAGCUAAACGGCUGCUACGAGGCGCUGGAAGGUGGAAACACCACAGAGGCUCUGAUCGACUUCACCGGCGGGGUUUCGGAGCCCCUCAGCCUGGAUCGUGAGGCCCUCAGCCAGCACAGCGACCAAAGAAGGGCGCUCUUCCAGACCUUAGCCAAGGCUCACGAACGCAAAGCCCUCAUCACCUGCUCCAUUCGACCAGCAGAGGGGGAGACGGUGGAGUCGGUUUUGGACUGCGGUCUGGUGCGAGGGCACGCCUACGGGAUCACAGCGGUGAGGAAGGUGAGGCUGGGGGAGAAGCUGCAGAAGACGGGCUGGAUGUCCCGACUCUUCAUGGUGCGCAUGAGGAAUCCAUGGGGCACCACGGACUGGACGGGAGCCUGGAGUCAGGGGUCGCAGCAGUGGCAGCAGAUGAGUCGAGCAGAGAGGGAGAAGAUGGGGCUCAUUGUUCGAGAUGUCGGGGAGUUCUGGAUGGACUUUGAGGAUUUCUGUCACUACUUCACAGACGUGGUGCUGUGCCGGCUGGUGGAGAGACCUCUGCUGUGGCCGAGCUCUCACUGGAGGGAGGUGCGGCACUAUGGGGAGUGGACUCCAGCUCCCACUUCCCCGGGAACACCUCCAUCCACCGACCUCCACCAAAGCAACCACGCGCUGAGUUCAGGGAAGAACAACGACACCAGACAUGGAGGGACCAAGCAGCAGGGUAACCGGAAGGAGGCGAGACUCGGGGAGAGUCAGCAGAAGGAAGAGAGGUGUGAGCGAGAUAAUAGCGUGAAAAAAGAGACAAAGGAGGACGAUAGUGGAGAGGUGGGAGGAUGGGAGGCACAGAUGGACAAGAGGAGUCGAUGUGGAGGAUGCAUCAACCACAGAGACACUUUCCUGCACAACCCGCAGUUCAUGUUUGAGGUGAGAGACAAAGAGGAGGAGGUGCUGAUCUGUCUGCAGCAGGAGGACAGGAGGAUACGGAGGAAAGAUGGAGGAGGAGACAACCUGCCGAUCGGCUUUGAGGUGCUGAAGGUGGAGGUGAACCGCAGCAGCCGGGUGCAGUGUGUCGGUGAGCAGGUGGCCAGCUCCGUCUACAUGGACUCCCGCAGUGUGACGCUGAGAUGGACUCUGGCUCCGGGUCGCUACGUCGUGCUGCCAACCACCUUCCUCCCAGGCGCCACCGGACGCUUCCUCCUACGUCUCUUCUCCCAUUCCCAAGUCCAACUCAGGGAACUGAGGGAGGAUUUGCCGUCUCCCUCUAUCUUCCAGUGUUUUCUACCUCAACCCACUGUGGUGACCACAGUCUACCUCCGCAGGGCGUCCGGACUCAGCCCUCCCAAACAGACAGCUUCAGAUGUUUACGCCAUAGUGCGGUGUGAGAACGACACUAUAAGGACGCGGGUUUUCAAGGCAGAAGAAAACCCUGAAUUUAACCUCAGAACCAUCUUCUACAGGAGAUACCCCGACACUCACAUCUCUAUUGAGCUGUGGAGCAGAGGUCGGCUGUGGGACUCGGUGCUCGGUGGCGCUCGACUCCAGACUGCGGAAUCAGAGAGGAGUCGGAGCCAUGUGAUCGAUCUGCGAAGCGGCCAAUCCGGUUCAGGAUGCCGAGGGUGCGUCUACGUCGAGACGUCUUCCAGCGUCUGUCUCACAGACUUGUGACAGCAUCACUUUAUU